AUGAAUGUAUAAAAUUCAAGUUCCAUAGAUAUUAAUUCAUCAGAAGACAGGAAAGAGGAUAUUAAUGAAGUGAUCGUUAUGAUGAACAAUUAAUUUCUCAAAGUCAGAAGACCUAAUGAAGAUAAUAUUUUAGAUUAUCUAAACUACGACUAACAAAACAAUAAAGAGAAAUUGACAUCCAAAGAUAAUACGCUAAAUUUGGAAUCGCCCUAAUAGGCACUGCUUCAAUAAAAGAAUGAAAAUUAGUCGUAUUUUGAAUUUCCAAAUUCACCCCAAAAGACCUAUAAUUCAAUCCUACUAAAAUUAGUGAAUGAGGAAUAGAAUGCUACUGUAAAUUUAAAUGAAUUUUCAUUAAGAUACUAGAUGAUUUUAAAUGAUUUGUGUUUUAAUUACUCACCCUUGGAUUAAUAACUGAUCUAUAAAAAGCUAAGAAAUAUAUACUAACAAUUUUACAGCGUCUACGAUAUCGUUUACUUUGUGAUCGGAUUCCUAUUCAUUUAUGAAUGUACAAUCACUAUUGCUUUUGGAACCAAGUAAAUUUUUAAUGUUUCCUUUUAUAUAAUCCAAUAUUUUAUAAUGGUGUUGGAAUCAAUAAUAUAGUUUAAAGAGCAAACUUAAAUGAAUAACAUCUACGAAUCAGUCUCUCAUGUAUUAAUAUUUGUAUUAAUCAUUGUGAAUAAUUUGAUAGAGUUCCAAUACUUAUGCAUUGUAUUAUUUUUGCAUUUCUAUUUUUCGAUUAAGAAAUACAAAAUGGUAAAGUAGAAUUAUCUACUAUACAUUAAAAAUAUCUCCACUUUUGAGAUUGUAAUUGUGUACUUACUAUUUAUCCAUGUUUCUGCUCUGAUAUUUUUUAUAGUAUCAAACAACAAGGCAGAUCCAUGGAUUGAAGACCUGAAUGAGAGUUAAGACUGGAGUAGCAGUUAUUGUUAUUCCUUAUUUUGGUCGAUUACAACAAUAACAACGGUGGGAUAGAACUUAAUUCAGUUGAGAAAUGAAUCUUUAGUUAUAGUCACAAUUUUGAUUUAGAUUUCGAAUAUAGUCUUUAUAAUCUUUGUUGUGAUAAACAUAUAAAAGUGGUUUCUGAAAUUUGGGUAAUUCACAGAAAAUGUUGAUGUGAUCAAUCAUUAUUUAAAUGAGAAGAAAAUAAGUAAAAAAUUACAAUAGGAAGUUAAGUCAAUUUUAUAUAACAAAUGGUAGGAGAAGUAUCUGAGCAAUCAUGAAUAAGAACAAUAGAUUUUACAGUUAUUACCGCAAUACUUAAAUGAGGACCUGAAGAUAGAGAUGUUUUCAAAAAUCCUAUAGUAGAUUCCAUUCUUCUCACAGAUUUCUUAAGAAUGCUACAGGGAAAUAAUUCUGUAAUUCAAAGAGUACACCUUCUCACAUAACGAAAUCCUUGAUUAAACUGGAUUAUACUAUUGUUCCAAAGGUAGUUUUGAGUUAUUUUUACCCAACAGCGUGAGGAUUGAAAGUCCGCAGUAGAACAAUGCUUUUUAUGGAUUGAACUACUUGUUCUAUGAUAAACCAGACGUUUGUUAAGCGGUGUCAAUAAACAAAACGCAAUUCAUAUAUUUAAGUAGAUACUCGUUUCUGAAGGUGAUGAGGAAAUAUCCAAUUGAUUAUUAAAUGUAUAGAAUGCAAUUGGAGAUGAAUCAGUUGGACAUUGGGAUCCAAUGUGCUCUAUGUUAGGAUGUGAGACAUGGUUUAGAUGAGUGUCCUAAAAUUCAUCUGUUUAAAAAUAAAUUAAGUGUGAUUUCUAAUCACUUGACUUCGGAAGAUAUGGGGAGAGCAAAGUUCAAGAGAAAGAGAGAUAGAAGUACAAAUGCAGUAUUUUCUUAGAGGUUGUUUGAGGAUGCUGCAUCGAUGUUCUAAGAAAUUUUAAUUUAAGAUGAAACAGUCAAAGAAUACUCAAUAGUGCCCUAAUAAAUUUAAAAUAGCAAUCCCAGAAAAAAGUCAAAAUCAUUGAAUUCUGAAGAAAAUUCGAAGGCGUUGCAAAAGUCGAAUUCUGGUCACAGUUUGAGUGCAAUUCAAAAACCUCAAGGUUCAGGUUUGUCAUUUAGUACGUUUUCAAUGUUCAAGGAUGUCUAAGGAUAGAGGAAGAUUUCAAAACAGUAGGAUAGUGACAAAAUUUCAAGUAAUUCUUAAAAUAAAUAACAUCAAUCAAGUUCGAAUAGUUUUAAGGAUUUACCCAUAACGAUGAACAUGGAAGAUAAGAUUGUUGAUGAUUCAAUUUUCGCAGCCCAACCGCGAAUCAAGAAGCAAUAGAUUGGGAAACAAGGGACAACCUCAAUUAAGAUAACUCCUCCGAAUGCUCCCUUGUAGGCUAUCCCUUCAGUGAGUGACAUCAACACACUCAAUGAAGACAGUUUUGUUCACUAAUAUUCAAUGAGUAGCAAGAGAUACUCGUCUCCUCAAAAGAAGGUCUCUUCAAAGGCUACAGUAGAGACGCAGAAGCAAUUUGAGUAAAUUGAGAUACAGCAGAUGGAAUUCGAAUGCCCAAUCAAUUUGAUGCACUAUUUUCCAUAGCACAAUAUUCAAGAAGUGAUUGAAAAGUUCAAAAACAUUCAAAACAGAGAAUUUUAAUGA